GAGAGAGAGAGAGCGGCCAGGAGAGGGAGGAGGAGAGUCGACAGUCAUCUGAUUCUUUUCCUGUCCCACCCUCCACCGGACAGACGGGAAGAGCUGACGGCGCUCGAGCUCCACACACCGCCUCUGAGAGCGACUCCGAGCCGCGCGAAGCAACACGGACGACGCGGAGCGGCAGAAACGACGCGACGCGACGCCACUGAAACAGCGAGGCGCGAUCAGCCGCGCAGACAGAAGUUCCAGAACUUGAGCAGAACUUGAGAAACUGAUCAGACCCGCGAUGAUCGGAGAAACAUGACGACGCCAGCGCGUUUCUGAGCGCGUAUGUCCGCGAGUCGGAGCGGCUUUUCCUGCUAUUCUUCUUCUGAGCGCUUCCUGCUCGGGCAAAACCACCAACAGCUAAAAAUACUGAGCCCUCAAUGGAGCCCUGAGCUCAGACUUCAGCUCUCCAGGGCCGAUGCGUCUCCAGUCGCUCGGGGGUUUUACAAGGACUUGAUCUCUGAGAUGUUUUCCUCUCAUAUGUGAUGUUUUGGGGGGUAGAUGCUCGUGGAGUGACUGAUUUGGUGUUUAGAUGGGGAUCGAUGACUGAUGGAGACGCUUCCACCGAUGAUCCGGGCGUACAGGGUUGUGACAAACCCACAUGAACUUCAACAUCACACUUCUUCUGAUUUCACUCAAAGUGCCUUGUAAUCUCUCCAUGGAGCCGCUGAAGAACAUAUUCUCCCGCGGCCCGCUGUCCGCCUGGAAGAGUCUGGAUCAGACUCAGAAGGGUAACUUCACCAACCCGGUUUGGACCGCUUUGUUCGACUACGAGGCUUCGGGGAUAGACGAACUCACACUGCGUAAAGGAGACCUGGUGGAGGUCCUGUCUCUGGAUUCGGAGAUAUCCGGAGACGAAGGAUGGUGGGCGGGAAAGGUCAACAACAAGGUGGGAAUCUUCCCCUCCAACUAUGUCUCCUUCAAGCCCAGUGGAUACGGUGAGCUGCAGGGCUCGGGUCUGGGACCGGCCGUGGUGAGCGAGCUGGAGCCGGACACGGUGGACUUCAGCGAGCUGAGUCUGGAGGAGGUCAUCGGGGUCGGCGGCUUCGGGAAGGUCUACCGAGGGACCUGGAAGGGCGAGUUGGUGGCCGUGAAAGCGGCCCGUCAGGAUCCAGACGAGGACAUCAGUGUCACAGCACAGAACGUCCAGAACGAAGCCAGACUCUUCGCCAUGCUCAAGCACCCCAACAUCAUCGCACUCAUCGGUGUGUGCCUGCAGGAGCCCAACCUGUGUCUGGUCAUGGAGUAUGCGUCCGGUGGCCCGCUGAGCCGUGCUCUGGCCGGACGGAGGAUCCCGCCUCAUGUGCUGGUCAACUGGGCAGUGCAGAUCGCCCGAGGGAUGCUGUACCUGCACAACGAGGCCAUCGUCCCCGUCAUCCACCGAGACCUCAAGUCCAACAACAUUCUGCUGGCAGAGCCUGUGGAGCAGGACAGCAUCGAGGGUAAAACCCUGAAGAUCACUGAUUUCGGUCUGGCACGUGAGUGGCACAAGACGACGAAGAUGAGCACCGCAGGAACCUACGCCUGGAUGGCCCCGGAGGUCAUCAAGUCCUCCACCUUCUCCAAAGGCAGCGACGUCUGGAGUUAUGGUGUGUUAUUAUGGGAGCUGUUGACCGGAGAGUCUCCCUACAGAGGGAUCGAUGGUCUGGCCGUGGCUUACGGAGUCGCUGUGAACAAACUGACCCUUCCGAUCCCGUCCACCUGCCCGGAGCCCUUCGCCCAGCUCAUGUCCGAGUGCUGGGAUCAGGAUCCGCACCGCAGGCCCAGCUUCUCCUCCAUCCUGCAGCAGCUGAUGGCUCUGGAAGAGCAGGUGAUGCACGAGAUGCCACAGGACUCCUUCCAUUCGCUCCAGGAGGACUGGAAACUGGAGAUCCAGGACAUGUUUGACGAGCUGCGGGCCAAAGAGAAGGAGCUGCGGUGUCGUGAGGAGGAGCUGAAGCGUGCGGCGCUGGAGCAGAAGUCUCACGAGGAGUUCCUCCGUCAGCGCGAGCAGCAGUUAGCGCAGUGGGAGCAGGACGUGUUCGAGCGAGAGCUAUCACUGCUCAUCAUGGACCUCAACCAGAACCAGAAACCCAACGUCAAGAAGCGCAAGGGAACCUUCAAGAAACACAAGCUGAAGGGGAAGAACGGAGAGAAGAUCAGCAUGCCGCAGGAUUUCAUCCAUAAGAUCACGGUCCAGGCGUCUCCGUGUUUGGAGAAGAGGCGUAACUCUCCGGAUCUGGGAUCGCCGUCCAUCGGUCCACGCUUCCGAGCCAUACAGCUGGGUCCCAGUGAGAGCAAGUGGAGCUCGGUUUGGCCGCUGGAGUCUCUUCCUCUCAAGCAGACCAACGGAGAGAGGAAAUUCACUCCUCAUCUGAGCCCCAAAAGCCCCAAGAGUCCAAAGAUCCUCCGUCUGAGCACGCAGGAGAACAGUCUGUCGAUGAGAGCCAAACUCCUGGAGGUGGACAGUAACGAGAGCGAGGAAUCCAGAGCUGAUUUUGAGGAGUACAGACCCAUCACACCAGAGUCCAGCCACAACGAGGGCUCUGAGAGCGAGGAGGGCUCGUCCCCGUGUGGUUCUCCCAGACCGGAUGCCCCCGGGCCGGUGUGUCGAGUGAAGAGCACACACCGCGCUCUGCUCAGCAGCGCCGCCCUGCUGGCCUCCGUGGCUCUGGGCCGCUGUGUGGAGCCGCAGCACCCGCCCACUCCACCGCCGCGCACCUCGUCCCGGACACACCUCCCGGAGCCCGAGGUGGGGGAUCUGAUCAGCUUCAGCACGGACUCCCUGCCGCAGGGCCUUCUGGACUCGAACCCACGGCACGACCGGACUCCACACGCUAACGGAGACGCCGAGGGACCGCGGCAGAGCGGGGAGCGCAGGAGGAGGAGCAGCUGCGGACUCAGCUCCUCACAGCUCAUCUUGGAUCUCCCGCUGUGUCAGGACACGUUUGAGGCCGAGGACAAGUCUCCGCUGCCGUUCGCCCUGUAUCCAGACCCUCGCUUGUGGAGCCCUAAAACCCGGCGUCUGGAGGUCAACAUCAUCCCUCGGCCGCGUCCGUCCCCUAACCGUCCCCGCAUCGACCCGUGGAGCUUCGUUUCGGCCGGCGUGAGAGCGGCCGCCCAUAGGGUCAUCAGCAGCCCCACGAGCCCUCGACUGGCCUACCAGCCCUCGCCCACAAACCCCUUCACAAACUGUGACCCCUUCCCUUCCCCGGACUGUGACCCCUUCCUUCUGAGGGUCGACCCUGCUGUGAACUCGGACCACGCCUCGACCUUUGACCCCUUCUCAGCCCCGUUCCCCACCUCGCGCUCGGCGCCCUGCUCCACCAAUGGCAGUCCCAAUCUGUCCCUGCGGGUGGCGCCGCUGAACCCGGCCGACUCUCCGCUCUUAGACCUGAGCUGGAUGGGUGUCAGCCGGCCCCUCGACAGCCCCAAAGAGAGGGUCCAUCCUCACCGGAGCCUCGGCCUCAGUCCGUUCAGAUCCUCAGCGCCGCUCAGAGACGACCGCUUCUGAACCCUGUCCCGCAAACGAGGGUCCAUGCCAGUUCUGGGAGGCCAAGCGCAGGGGAUGUGACACACCAGUAUUGUUGAUGUCCUGGAGUCACUUCCUCUCUGAUUGUGUGAUCUUUCGGUGCUGUCUCAGGGUCGUAUCGGCCUCUAGUUGAGCUUAAAUAGAUCCGCACUUGUUGCAUCGCUUUAAUCAGUCUCAAAAGUGAUGCAGUCAGUGCCAAAAGAUUUCAAAAUGAUUGCUAAAGCACAGAUUCUUCUCUGUUGACCAUUAAGGUUGAGUUAUUAUGCAUUCUGAGAACGUUCCAUUACACUGGUGGCCAAAACCAUCAGAACACUAGUAUUAUCAGCUGCUAAAAAUGGUUUUAAGUCAGUUAUGUCUAUCUUCUGCUGGAGUGUGUCCAGUACUGUUAGAAGUUUGGACCUUGACACAGUUCCUUUGGAUUUAGUCUGUCUCAGUUUGUUCUGUUUCUUCAUAGAAAUUACUGACUUAAAUUGACCAUUACUGACCAUUUUUUAGCUGGUACUAGUGUUCUAAUCAUUUUGGCCUCCACUGUAGUUGCCAAAGAUUAGAAUAAGUUCACGUCUGAUGUUGAGUUGUGGUUUUUAUGUUGAAGCCGGUCAACAAACGAGCAGAAUGGAUCUAGUAAUUCACAUGAUGCAUGAGAAACGUUCUGCUGACCUCGCUGGAGGUGUUUGGGCAGGGGAACUGCACUUAACCCAUUUUUAGGUAGACUCUAACCAACUAAAAGGAUGUCUCAGCAGACAGAAGUAGAAAUAAAGAUCAGCCAAUAAUAGUCAAAAUCAACAUGGAAACCCAAAUGUAAACCUCAGAUCACUUCCAGUAAAAUAAUAUUUAAACAUUCUUAAAAUGAGAUGCAUUGAGAAGAAAUACAUUUUGUAUUUCUCAAACCUCACACUGUUGUUAUAUUUAUGGCUAAAACAUUUUGGAAAUGCAUUGAGACAAAAGUUCAUACAAGCAUGCUGGUUUUAGGUUGGAUUUCCAGUACAAAAUAUCUAAAUUAAUACACAUUUCCUGGAGAUUGAUAAUUAAUUGUCAUUUUUUAUUUUAUUUUACUCUAACCCAAGUUUCCCAGACAAGACUUAAGGUAAUAACAUAAUGCACUGAUUGAUCUUAAACAAUGUUUUUUCUAAGGCAAGUUUAAAACAAAAUGACUUCAUGUCCUAAUUGAAAUAUGGCUUGAUUUAAGCUUAAAUUCACUUCAUUUGAUCAUUUUUAUUGGAAAACUAGACUUUGUUUCUCAAAUAAAUCCAUCUCUGGGAAUGGUUAGGUAGUUUUACUGUAAAAUAUAGACACAGAGAAAAUCAUUUUUGCAUUGCUGGACGAUGGCCUCCUUUGGUGCUUCGCUCCGUCAUCGAGCAUUUGUACAGCAGAUUUUUAAGUUUCUCGUUUUUAAAAAAAUCUUAUGUAUUAUUUCAGAUUUUUGAGGCACAGUCUGUGAAUGUCGUAGAGUGAAUCUGGUGUCCUUCACCAUUGUGAACCAUCAGUUAUCAAUCUGAACUUUGAGAUGCAUUUUUUAUCCUUCAUUAAAAGUUUCCAUAGAUCUGUGAAAUUGAUCCAUUGAAUAAACUCAGAACUGGAGUUUAUUGUGAGAUGAAUUCACAGUUAGGACCAGUGUUAGAAUUGCAAAAUGUAAACUUCAAAUUUAGGAGGAGAAAAAAGUUAAUUGUGAGAUAUAAAUAUAUUUUAAUUCUGAGAAGAUGUAACUAUAUACUUCCAUUUAAGUAAAAUAUAUAAACAAAUAUUAUACACUUGCAAUUUGGAGUUUAUAAAUUGCAGUUGUGCGAUACAAAUUCAUAAUUGUGAGACAAAAAGUUGCAUUUAAAAAAAGUUUAGUUGUGGUGGAAACCACAGACUUCCAUUGAAUUGUGAGCUAUGAAAUAAGAAUUCAGAGAAACGAAGCCUGAAUUAGAAGAUUGAAAGUCACAAUUACCCUUUAUGUUUUUAUUCUGCGGUGAAAAUAAGAAAAUAUAUGGGAUAUUUCUGCUUGACAUCUUUGUCUUCAAACAGCGCUGCUAGUUGUGUUCAGAUCAGAUGGUUUCUGCUCAUGUGUGAUGAAGAUGAUCAGGUUCUGUGUUUUAGCCACCAUCUGUUCCCUCGUACUGUACAUCGUACUGUUUGCAGAUCCUGCUCACAGUGAAUAAAGCUAAUCGCAAGCUAUUAAUAUAUUUAUUACUGAGGCCUUUAACACACUGGAUUCGAGAGAUUUUAAAGGGUCAGAGACACAGUCCACGUUAGGAUGCUUUAUUAAAUUGUACAUGGAGAAAUAUCUUUUGGUUCUUCACUGGAGUCUGUGGAGUUAUGGGUGCCGCAAAGGGACAAAUCUGUGUUUUACAAUGUGAGAAAUACAAACAAAGACUUGCCUCGAGUGAAAAGAGAAAUAUCUGAUCUGUUUUUCCUGGGAAUUCUUCUUUUAUGCUCAUUGUUUUUUAGAUUUAUUUGACCAAAACACUCCAGGCGUCUCUCAGGACAGACGGAUGUUCACGUUUAUCUUCCACUACCUGCUAAAAACACACAGAUUUGAGGAGAAUCUUCUGUGCGGGAGGAAGAGCUCUUUUUCAUGUUGAUUCAUGUUUUAUUGUAAGCUUAUUGCAAUAUAUUCAGUCUGGUGAAGCCCGUAUAACAUCUGUCGUGUGUGUGUGUGUGUGUGUGUGUGUGUUAUUCUCAAUGGGCUGGGCCUAAUCACUCCAUUACUGUGUGUGUGUGUGUGUGUGAGAGAGAGAGAGAGAGACAGAGACAGAGCUCGAUGACGAGUGUGUUUCUUUGUUAAAGAAGGUGUGGAUGUUUAUUUUGCUAAUUGUAAUGGGUUUUAACCUGUGGAACUUUUAAGACAAAAAAAAGAGAUAAAGGAGCAAGACCAAAUAAAAUUUAACGCGACUCUAAA